AUGUCCCAACCCAACGGCCCCCCGCACCUAAUAACCACCACAAAAGCGCACUUCUCCUCCCCCGAAAAAGGCACCCACCCUCCCUUCCAAAUCGACAUCCUGAUCAACAACGCCGGCGUCGCCAACAACCUCACCCUCGAGCACUGCACCAUCCAAGACUUCAACCGGCAGUACGCCGUCAACGUCCUCGGGCCCCUCCUCCUGCUGCAGGCCGCCCUCCCCUACCUGCCGCACGACCGCUCCGGCCGCGUCGUGAACCUGAGCUCCGUGUCGAGCUCCGAGGGCUUCGUGGGGCAGUCCGUCUACGGCGGCACCAAGGCCGCGCUGGAGGCUAUGACCAGGACGUGGGCGAGAGAGCUGGCGGAGCGGGCCACGGUCAAUGCCGUCAAUCCCGGCCCGGUGAAGACAGACAUGUGGGCCGGAACGACGCCCGAGUUCAGAAGGUCGCUGCGGCCCUUCAUUCAGCAGACGCCCGGGAGUGCCAUCCGGCCUGAGCUCGACGACGCGGAUCUCGUAGCCGAUGCCGAGAAUGCCGGGGGCAGACCGGCGUACACCAAGGAGGUUGCCGGCGUCGUUGGGAUGCUGUGCACGCCGGAUAGCUUGUGGUGUACAGGACAGGUAGUCUGUGCCAACGGAGGCAUGAGGAUGGCCAUGUAG